AAUAUUUACAAUAAAUGUGAAUAUAAUCUAAAUUAUUGUGUUCACAUCUUAACAUCCUCCCUCAAAUUCAAAGUGGUUGUGAUGAAACCAACUUGAGUUUGGAAAGAAAAGUACAAAAGCGUCUAGGAAAAUGAGCCUUAGUGAAAAGGUCAGUUCCUUGUGCAACAUGAUGGCAAACAAAGUGACGGUCAACCUCAAUGUGUUUAGUGCGUUCAUGGAAGACAUCGUUAUGAGCAAUCUGCAUGGCACUCUGAUUGUCACAAUAAAGAUUAGUAGCAGGCGGGGAGCGGCAACUAGGAAAGAUGGUGGCCACAGACAGCGGCAAGGCUACAGACAACGACAAGGGCACAGAAACAGCGAGAUGUAUGGUAAGGUUGUUGAUGUGUAUCUUCCGAGAAAACGUGACAAGCGAGGGAAGAGGUUUGGGUUUGUGAGGCUGAUAGGGGUCAAUAAUGAGAUGCAGAUGGAAAGGAAGCUAAACGGGAUCUGGAUUGGCUCGUACAAGAUCAGAGUGAAGAUCGCAAAUGAUUGGCAAAGGAAAUCAUCAAUGUCCAAGAAGCUACAAGGUGAAGUAAAGGAUAAUGGAUCAACGAAUAACAUGAAUAGGCUGAUCCAACCAGGGCACUCAUAUGCACAAGCAGUGAAGGGACAGGGAAAGAGGAUAGAAAAGGCACCAGAGACUAUCGAAUUCAUCCCAACAGGCGAGGAGCUGCAAUGGCUUGAGGGUGGCAUGGUGGCAGAGGUGAGAUUAAUGGCUUCGGUAUCAGAGAUUCAAGAGCAAUUGGAUGUUGAUGGAGGCUCAAUCUCAUUAGCACCAAUCAGGGGAAAACGUAUGUUAUUAACUGAAAGAGUCAAAGGGUACCUAGCUGAGUAUAUGAAGCUAAAUGAGGAGUUGUUUGGAUUGUGGUUUGAGUCGUUAAAACCGUGGGAGAAGGCAACAGAGGAGAAAAGUAGAAUGGUGUGGUUGCGAAUAGCGGGAGUGCCUCUAAAGGCAUGGAGUGAGAGGUGCUUCCGAAUGAUAGAUUCUAGCAAGAUAUCAAAACGAACUAAGCUGAGAGUGGGAGAGCAGGUGUAUGAGAUAGAGAUAGUUGAAGAGGAGUGGCGCUCUGAUCCGGAUUGGUGGUUGUCGGAGAAUGACCGGAAAAGUGACCUGGAAAGGGAGUCUGAAUGCUUAGUAGCGUGGAGUCAGAAUGAGGAUCCUGAGUUAGAUACGGACGGGAUUUGCGGCGGCGAGGAUAUGAGGAUGGUUUUGGACGGGAAUGAAGGGUACGGGCUUACUCAUAAUAAUGGGCCUCAAAGGCUGAGGUUUGUUGGGCCAGAAAAUAACGGUGGGCCUGCUGAAAGGAUGGACCAGGGGCAGCCAAAGGAAAUGAGCAUGGGUUUAAAUAAGAAAGGAACAGUGGAUACACCGGCAUUGCAGAAAUCGAGGAAAAAAACAGAGGGUAAAAAACAGAGGCCUCUUCAAGAAUGCUACCCAGAAAUCAUGGAGGAGAUCUGGGCGAAAGGGACAUCGUGGAGAGAGAUGGAUCUACUUGAGGUGCGUUGGAUGAUGAGGGUGGGGAAGAGGUUGGGUUUUCAAUUUGAUAAUAAUGAGGAGGAGAUACAAUCUAAAUUAUUGGAGGCAGAGGAUCGGGAAGUAGAAGGACGAAGGGACGAGUCGGGGAGGAAGGAGGUGAAAAAGCUGGUUAAAGAAGAGAGGCCCGAUCUUUUGUUCUUACAGGAAACAAAAUUAGAAAGGAUGGAUGUAGGUACUUGUAGCCAGUUGUGGAAUUCUGAUGAGUUUGACUGGGUUGCAAAGGACUCUUCUGGAGCUUCAGGGGGUUUGCUGUGUAUAUGGGAUAGGAGGCAUUUUGUUAAGAGGGAAGAGCUAAUUGGUGACGGUUUUGUGGGAUUAUCAAGGGAAUGGGGAGUAAGUAAACAACAGUGUUUUCUUAUAAAUGUGUAUGGCCCAAAUGACAAACAAAAGAGGGCUAAGUUGUGGGAGGAACUAAGGAAGAUGAAAACAGACAAGGAAGGACAUUGGUUUAUAGCAGGGAACUUUAAGGCUGUUAGAGGCCCUGAGGAGAGACGAGGAAAAUUAAGGGAGAGUUCGGGCAUGAAGGACUUUGAUGAGUUCAUUGUGGCAACAGAUUUGGUGGAUGUUAAAUUGACAAAUAGAAGGUAUACUUGGUAUAAACCAGAUGGUAUAGCAAGAAGCAGAUUGGACAGGUUCCUGUUAAGUACUGAGAUGAGGAACAUGGAAGGAGAGUGGAUACAACAAGCAUUGCCAAGGAAUAUCUCCGAUCACUGUGCUGUUGUGUUGAAGUCCAGAACAACAGAUUGGGGUCCAAGGCCUUUUCGGGUUCUGGAUGCAUGGCAACAACACCCAGAAUUCAAAAAGGUUGUUGAAGAAAAAUGGAGCGAGAUGGAGGUGAAGGGGUUUGUAGGGUAUAAAUGCCAGCAAAAGUUAAAGUUGUUAAAGGAGUUUUUAAAGGGAUGGAACAAGGAAGUAUUUGGGAACAUGGAAGCUUUGUAUGGGCAGGCCGUGAAAAAGGUAGAGCAGGUUGACAUGCAGAAUGAGGUAUCAGAUUUAGAAGAAGUUGAGAUAGUUAAAAGGCAAGAAGGCUUCUUUGAGAUGUGGGACUGUAUAAGAAAGAGGGAACUUAUCUGGAAGCAAAAGUCAAGGAAUAAAUGGGUGCGUGAAGGUGAUGCGAAUACCCGCUUCUUCCAUAGAGUUGCUAUCGGGAGAAGGGCGCACAAUAAUAUAGCAAGCUUAAUGCGUGAGGGGGUGUGGUGUGAAGAACCAGAUGCAAUUAAAAAUGAGAUUGCCAAAUAUUUUAGAAAGUUGUUUCAAGGAGACUCAUGGAAUAGACCCAAGCCUGGGGAUCUUAAAUUUCAGCAGAUCUCGGAGGAGAAAAAAGAAUGGCUUGAAAGACCAUUUUCGGUUGAAGAAAUUGAGGAAGGCUUAAGGAGCUGUGAUGGUUCAAAGGCACCGGGGCCGGAUGGGUACAACUUCAACUUUCUCAAAUUUGCGUGGCACUGCAUAAAGGAGGACUUCAUCAAUUUUUUCUCUGAAUUCCAUCGAAAUGGUAAAUUGGUGAGGGGACUAAACUCUUCUUUUAUAGCUUUAAUUCCUAAGAAAUUAAAUGCUGUUGAACUAAAAGAUUUUAGACCCAUUAGCUUGAUUGGUUGUGUCUAUAAAUUAUUAGCGAAGGUGCUGGCUAAUAGAUUGAAAACUGUGAUAUCAGAAAUAGUGAGUGACACCCAAUCUGCUUUUGUGGGGGGCCGUCAAUUGGUGGAUAGUGUUUUGGUGUUGAAUGAAGUAGUGGAUGAGGUUAAGAAGAGGAAAAAGCCAGCUUUUGUGUUUAAGGCAGAUUUUGAAAAGGCAUACGAUUGCGUAGAUUGGUCCUUCUUGGAUUGGAUGAUGGAGAGAUGUGGCUUUGGAACGAAAUGGAGAGGUUGGAUUAUGGAAUGUCUUUCAACCGCGAGAAUUUCGGUUCUAGUAAAUGGGAGCCCAACAAGGGAAUUUGAGAGAGCAGUAACGGAGGGAAUGUUACAUGGGAUUGAGAUUAGAAAGCAAGGGAUGACCGUGUCUUUACUCCAGUUCGCGGACGAUACAAUUAUUAUGGGUAGAGCGGAUGCUGAGAACAUACGUAUGGUGAAGGACGUCUUAAAAUGGUUUGAGUUUAUGUCGGGCUUGAGGAUAAAUUUUAGAAAGAGCAGUGUCUUUGGGAAUAAUGUGUCGGAGAAAUGGCUAAAAGGAUCAGCGGGAAUGUUACGCUGUGGGGUUGUGCUUGCGGAGAUGAUUAGAAUUCAAAGGUGUUUUUUAUGGGGAGGGACAGGGUUAAAUAAGAAGAUUUCAUGGGUUAAAUGGGACUAUGUAUGUAGUGCUAAGGUGAAGGGGGGUCUAGGGGUGCCAGAUUUGCGUAGAAAAAAUUGGGCAAUGUUAGGGAAGUGGUGGUAUAAGAUGGGUGAUGGGGUUGACAGCUUGUGGAAAAGGGUGGUGAGGGAGAAAUACUAUGGAGGUAAGAGGGAGGUCGAUAUCAUUACAAUUGAGUGUGCAAGGACAUCAAAGCUUUGGAGGGAUAUUAUUAGGAUAGGGGGUCAGUCUUUGAAACAUAAGAAUAUGCUGGCUGAGGGUUUCAAGUGGGAGUUGGGUGAGGGUAAUAAAGUGGCCUUUUGGCAUGAGUGGUGGGUUGGAGAUAAAAAUCUUAGGGAUUUAUUUCCAAGGUUAUUUGAGUUAUCAGUGAAGAAGGAAGGAAAGGUUUCCGAAAUGGGUUUUUGGGAAGAGGGUAAAUGGGUUUGGCGGGUUGAGUGGAGGAGGGGAACAAUAGGGCAUGAGAAAAAUGAGGAGGAGCUGCUAGAGAAGAUGCUGGAGGGUGUACAUCUAAAGGAGGGGGUGGGGGAUGUUUGGAAGUGGAUUCAUGAGAUGGAAGGCAAAUAUGUUGUAAAAAUAGCUUAUGACCUAGCAUCUACGGAGUGUGUUUUAGAGGACCAGAUGUGCAAAUUAGUAUGGUGCAGUUGGGUGCCAUCAAAAGUGGUUUUUUUUGGGUGGCGAUUACGUUUAAAUAGGCUCCCAACAAAGGAAAACCUUCAAAAACGUGGGAUACAGUUACAAGAAGGGGUUUUUUGCGAUCAUUGCAAUGGGACAGUGGAGGAAGUUAAUAAUUUAUUUUGCGUUUGUUAUAAGGCAUGGUUAGUUUGGGCACAAGUGUUGAGUUGGUGGGGUGUGGAGAGUGUCUUGCCUAAUACAGUGGUGGGAAUGACAGAUUUUUUCUUAUGUGGUUUAGGAAGAAUAGAUGGUAAGGAGAUGGGAUCCUGUAUUUUUCUAGUGGUUGCCUGGUAUUUAUGGUAUAGAUGCAAUGCUCAAGUAUUUCGAAAAGAUGAAGGAUUAAUAGAAAACCUGCUGGAAAGGGUGCAAGUUAAAACCUUUUUAUGGAUUAAAUCUAAAGUGAAUGGCUGCGUUUUCUCCUUUCAUGAAUGGCAAUCUUGUCCAAAGGAGUGCGCUAUGGCUGUCAAAAAUCAUAAAAGGAUGAGGAAGCAAUUCUAUAAGACAUUCAGGUCCCCUUGUUGAGGGUUUGGCAGUGCAGAAGGUUUUGUUUUUAAUCAAGUCUAUAAGUUUUGUCAUAUUCUAGUUGUAAGGAGCCUGGCUCCAAUCAGAUGUGGGUACCAUCAAGACGUGGGUGCCAUAUUAUUGUAGAUGGGUUGAAGCACCCCUUGUGCUUCUUUAAAUAAAAAGUUUUUAUUUGG